GUAAAGUCAUCUGGAAACCACAUUAUGUUUCUACUUUCUGAUGAAGAAACGGACCAAUAUUACAGAAGUCAAAAGAUGGUACUGAGCAAGGAGAGUGCCAGCCUAAAAUUGCUUCCCCUCAAGCCACGACUUAUCGAGCUCCCGAAAGGAACAAACGGUUAUGGCUUUUACCUACAAAUGGAACAAAAUACUGGUGAUCACAUAAUCAAGGAUGUUGAUUCUGGGAGCGCAGCAGCCAAAGCAGGUCUCAAAGACAAGGAUAUCUUAGUGGCUGUCAAUGGUGAACAAGUGGAGGCUCUGGACCACGGACAAGUAGUGGAAAAGAUCAAGCAGUCAGAGGAGAAAAUAACACUCUUGGUAGUAGAUAAGGAGACUGACGCCAUGUAUAAACUGGUAAGGAAAUGCAGGCUACU